AAUUAAUGCACAUCCUGAAAAGAAAUUAGAAGGAAUACUAAAACAAGAAUCACUCUUUUUGAAUGCUAAAUAAAUGAUUAAACAGUUGAGUAUGAAACAUUUGUCUAUUAUUCAAUAGAGAAAGACAUUCAAGGGUUACCAAGUAUGGAUUAUCAAGAAAGCUCAAUCAAUCUUUAUAAUUACAUUUUCAAUCAUAAACCUAAGCAUUCAAACAUGUAAAUUAUUACUGCUCAUCCUCUAAAUAAGAAAGCUAGAACCUUUUCAUUUGAUCUUUAAAAACAGUCACCUUUUGAUAUAAAAUAUAAACAAUUACGUUUUGGAAGCAGAUAAGGGACAAGAAUACAUAUUAAAAAACAACAAUAAAUUAGAAGGAGAAGUUGUCAUUGUACUAAUUGUGGAUAAGAUAAUACAAAAAUUAUACAUCUCAUGUAUAAAGGUGCUAUUCGGCAUCACUAAGUAGAAUAUGCAAAUCAAUUAAAGAAAAAAUAACAGUUUAUAGAUGAUGCACUUCACUUUUGUAAUUUUAAACUCUAUUUUAUUUCCUAGCUAAGAAACUCACUAGAAAGAUUAAUCUCUAUAAAUCUAUGAUCUCUUUAAAUAACAUUAACUUCAAAAAACGUUGUAAUUCAUGUGACACGCAUAUACCUUAUGAAUAACUCAUGUAAGUCAAAUAAAUUAAUUAAUAACUUUUUCAAAGAAAAGACACUCAAACAAAAACUUAAUUGAGACAGGCUUUCUUAAUUAAAAGACAAUAAACAAUUAAUGAUAAAUUUCUUCUUAUCCCCAUUUAAACCCUAAGAACAGUAUAAGAACCUUAAAUUCAAGUUAAAUCCAUCCCUACUUAACCCACAAAUUCACCUUCAAAAUCAUCUAAAUAAAAAUUAAUCAAUAAAACUUUUGUUCCUGUUACUAGAUCUAUACUUCCUCAACUUACUCCCACUUCCUAAUUUACUAUUUCUAGUACUAAAUCAAUCGAUUAUUAAUUGAAAUAUUAACUCAAAUAAUCUUUUAAAUAAUUACAACCAUCAACUUUAGUAUCCAAAAAGAAUUCACUUUCUAAUCUUACUAAUCCAUAUCGGAAUAUUUCUUAAUUAGACUAUUUAAUUAAAGUAAGAAAAAGAAAGACAUAAAACUAUUGA